CUCCCGCCAUGUUGAUUGGCGGCCAUAAUGUGUUUAUUCUGAAGGCAACGCUUUCGUCCUCAAAACAAGAAAAACACCAUUUGUGAGGCUACUGCGGUUCUUGUCGGUUUGCUUCCGAAAUUUUGACGAUGAGACUGAAAAAGUGCUUGUGCGUGUUCACUUGUGUUGUGCGCAGUUAUGAGUCCUUGCGAUCAGCCAUGGAUGCGUGAAAAGGAGGAGGUGGUGGCAGCCAUGCUGGCGCUGGGGGGCGGGAGAGAGAGCACAUAGCAACCGCAGGGUAGUGCUGAUGGCUGACGCCAGGUUCCAGGCACCACGGCUGGGCCCUGGCGGAGCUCAUAAUGGAGUGCCUGGUACAGGAAACACUUCCCCGUCUCGGCAUUGUGAGGAACGUAUGUGCACAACGCAUCAUCGCCCGAGGGCUCAGAGCAACAGCAGCGUGAGCAGUGAGGCGAGCAGUGAUGCGUCGUCGUGUUCUUCUUCAUCCUCAUCAUCAUCCUCAUGUUCCUCCUCGUCCUCCAGCUCAUGCUCAUCAGCUAGCUGCUCAGAUGAAGAAAGCUCCCUUCCAGCUAACUGCGAGUUUGCCAUUGUACGCCAGCCCGAGCAAACGCACGACCCACUUAAGCUUCGGAUUGCUGCCCGGCGUGUGUCAAAGGCUGAGGAUUCAGCCUGCAUGACUGCGGUGGCUAGUGCAGGCGUUGGCUCGGCUAGUGGCUCAGCUGCGGUGCGGCUCCGUAUAAAGCAGCGCAAGAGCCGAAGGCGGAGACGUUCACGGAGCCCUAUGGAUGCAGGAGGGCUGUGCCAGCCACGUUGUUCUUGCAUGGAGAAGCGAAAAGGAAAGGGGACAGAUCAGGAUCCUUCAACGUGUAGCUACACAUCUUCUUCUCGCAAGACAUCGCGGUCGUGCAGCAGCUCUCGCUCAUCAAGCAGUGGCUCAUCAAGCUCUGGCUCAAGCUCAAGCUCUGGUUCAAACUCUGGUUCAGGUUCUGGUUCAAGCUCAGGGUCAAGUUCAAGCUCAAGCAGUUCUUCGAGCUCAUCGGACUCUGAAAGCUCAUGCAGCGUGUCAGAUUAUUCAACCUGCCGCACGCCUAUCAAGCCUGGCGGAUAUCGUGCUUACCAGAGCAGUGAUACCUGUGUCUCGUCUCCACUGCAGUCAUGCACAAAAAAGGUAGAGUUGAAUGCUGCAGCGCCGGUCGGUCCAGAUGUUACGGGGAAUGCAGAAAAGCCAGCCUCCACAGCAAGUGACUGCAGCACAGUAAUAGGACAGCCCUUGCCAUAUUUGAACAUGGACGCAUCAGCAAAUGUUUCGCCUGACAGCGGGAUCCAGUCUUGUGGAGAAUCUCCACAGCGUGCAAGUUGCCAUGGUGAUUCACCGCAUCGAGGUAGCUGUCGCGAAGAUUCACCUGGGCAUGUUAUUUGUCAGGAUGAGGAGGCUGACAAGAAACACAUCACGCAGGAGGUGCCAGCUGCCACUGCAUGCAGUGAUGCAGUGCUUUUGAACACCUCUGAAAGGCCACCUAGUGUUUCUCACUUGGAACAUUGCAAGUUGCCUGACGUAGUCAUGGUGCGAGACAUGAAGCAACAUGGAUCUGAAAGCAGACUUGACGGUUUGACUGACAUUACAGAAACUGCCAAGAGCCCUUGUGACGUGCUGCUUAUCACAGACACUCCUGAGAACUCACCACUGAGGGCACCGUCAGAACAUGUUCCUAGUUUCUGUGAAUGUUUGCAGGGAUCAGAACCUUGUGGGAACAAGGUACAAAGGUAUGGCUUUUGUGACUCGCUAUCAGAAAAUCGUCCAUUGGAGCGAGCCUCUCCAUGUCGAACAUUGGAUGGAGAAGCAAGUGGGAAGACAGAGGUGCUGAAUGACCCAACACCUCCACCUCCUCAACUUACGCCUCCUCGGUUGGAUUGUAUGGUUGUGGAGCCACAAAGUUCCAGCCUAAGUCAAACUGGUAAUGCCAGCACCGGUGAUGGCAAGGAAGAAAGUAGUGGAGAAGGCCAGUGUCCUCCUGUCCUAUCUUGUUCCAUGAGUGGUCGGAAACGUGAUAGGAAGGUCAGCAGUAGAGAAAGAAAGAGUGUAGAGGCGGUCAUUGCUGUGUCACCACCACGGCUCAGAAGAAGGAAACGAGAUGGGGAAGAACAAGCUGCUGUGAAGAGUGCGCCAGCUCAAGUGAGAGUGCUCAGGCCAUCUAGGAUGGGGAGACCAUCAUCAAGUAUUAGUACAAGGCCACUGCGGAGCACUACCUUAAAAACUGCUGUACGUAAUGGUGGAAAAACUGAGUGUGGGGACCGUGAACUUCAUCAGUUGGUGCAGAGAGUGCAUGACUCAAUUAGCACACAGUUUCAGGACACGAUGGGCACCUCAAGUGACUUUGAAAUGACAGCAGAUAAUGAGGAAGGUUCAGUCAAAAGAAAAAUUGCUGAACAGCAGCUUAACUUGGCUGAAGAAGAACCCGGUGAAAUGAUGGCAGCGCAAUUGCCAUGUUCAGCUUUGUUGCCUCAAGAGGACAAGGAUGAAGCCUCUGUUUCUCCUGGAAAUGCAGAUGCCGAGAUCAGCAAGACUAAAGAAAAGCCACUGCCAGCCCGCAGAAGAGGGCGACCCAAGCUGAGAACUGCAAAGAAAUCGUCAUCUGUAAAAGUGGAGAGGCCUGUGUUACGGCAGACACGGAGGGAAAGGCAUGAGGACAGAAAUGCUAGGCUGGAUGUGUUUCAGUCAAGUACCAAGAGUGACUUGCCAGAUCUGAAACCAUUUACAGGCAACUCUGUGAAGAAGGAAGAUGCGUCAGAUAGAGGCAGGACUUGUGUUGAAAAUGUACCAGUGAAAACAACUUCUGAUGUAGUUGAGACAAGGAAAAACAGGACAAUUGCAAAAAAGGAAGGUGUUGAUGACUCUGUUGAUGUGGAUACAUUGCUUCGAGAGUGCAACAUUGAGGAGCAGACUCACUUGCUCCACAUGUACCAGCGAAAACUGAAGAAGAAACGCUUUGUACAGCAGCCAUUGCGACAUAAUCGCUGCAACAGUUUGCGGAAGUCUGCACGCUUAGCAGCCACAAUGACGUCCGAGUCAGUUGAUGCCCUCGUUGAUGCACUUUCUUCCAUUUUCAUCUCAAAGCAGGCAUCGUUGCAUAUUGCCAACAUCGAUGACAUACCGGCAAUUUUUAAGCCAGUAAAAUAUUUGCGUCCUAGGCGUACUUCUGAAAGGCCAUUGCGACAGAUAAGCAGUGCAAGUAAGGCUGAAGUUCGAAAGCUAGAAAAAGAGGAACCUAAGAUGGUGGCUGGGAAGAAAGGAAAAGCAAAGAAGCAGGCACAGCCUCCCUCAGCAGUGCUUGAGUCACCUCCCGAUAUACUGGCACCACCUUCAGGCGACCGUUGCCUACCCCUCAAAAAGCGACACUGUCUACUCAGCGAAGACAAGGCUCAAGAAGCAGGCAAGGAGUCUGCAGACGUAGUGGAAAAGAGCCAAAGCAAGCAUGCAUUUGUAGCUGCAGGCACUGCAGAUGCAAACAAGAAAAACACGAGUAGUGCAGCUGAAGCAUUGCCCAGCUUGCCAAACUUGCCACGCUGUGAAAUGCCUGUACUUACUAAAGCAGCAAAAAAAGCUAUGUACCCUAUUGUUUCAUUAGAACCUUUACCACAGGAUGUCAGAGGACUGAAGAAAAAACCAGGACCUAAAGGCAGGAAACAGAAGUCACAUCAAAUUGGAAAGAGAAAGCCUUCAAAUGCAAACAAUACUAACUCCCCGGUUGAUGACACCAUUGAGAGUUGCAUCCAAAAAUUUAAUGAGGCUCUUAACUCAGCCAAACUGAAUGAAAAAUCACGGUCCAGAUCAAAGUCGCCAAUCAAGCUGAGUCACAGCUGUAGUUCAAGCCAUGAAAUGGAAGCUGAAAGUAAGCCAGUUUUGCUGCCUGAUGUCCACUGCGAAUCCCAUGCUGAUCUACUUAAGCGACAAUUUACACCUCAAGCAGAAAUGCAGCCCGAGCCGCAGACCCAUAACCAGGCCAAAUCCCAAACUGCACCCAAGACUGAAUCCCAGGCUGAAUGUGACACUGCAUUGCAUACUGAAUCGCAGACUGCAUUGCAUAUUGAAUCGCAGACUGAAUCGCAGACUGAAUCGCAGACUGAAUCGCAGACUGAAUCGCAGACUGAGUCGCAGACUGAAUUGCAGACUGAAUCGCAGACUGAAUCGCAGACUGAAUCGCAGACUGAGUCGCAGACUGAACCGCAGACUGAACCACAGACUGAAUCGCACACUGAAUCGCAGACUGAAUCCCAGUCUGAAUCCGACACUGCUUCCCCGACUCGGUCCCAGAUUGAACUGCAGACUGUAAUGCAUACUGAGUCCCACCCACAGUCCUUGCUUGAGCCUUUAUCUGACUCCCAGUCUGAGUCUCAGCCUGAGUCCCACUUACAGCCCCAGCGCGAGUCCAAGCUUGAAUUUCCAUCUGAGUACCAGCCUGAUACCCAGCCACCUUCUCAUCCAGUUGAUGAUGAUGAUGACAUCCCUCUGUCUGCUUUAGUUGCCCAGCAAGCAGACGGAUGUGAUGACGAUGAAGCAGUGAUGCUUGUUGAAGAUGAUAGUGACCCUGAAAAUCCUUUGAAAAAGAUCUCUCUUCUGAAGCAAAAGCAACAGAAGCUGCUAAAAGCUGUUGAACGGGCACGUCGAUCGAAAGAACGUGUUAGCAAGGAUUUGCCACUUGAAGAUGACUUGAUGGGCAAUAAGAAGCAUAGGAAACGAAAGAUGAGGAACAGGACUGGGUUCGUGAAGGUCAAGCGAAGAAGGGUCGCAUCGAAAAAGAGUCUUGUUACCACAUCUGCCUGUGAUGAAGCAGUGGACAGUGCUGCUGGUCAAGUUGAAGGGUCGGCACUAGCUGAAGAGCUGACCCAUGGCAUUCCUGCAGCAGACAGCUCCAUUAUGGAAGCUUGUGAGGGGCCUGACAGUGUUGCAGAAGUGCAUCAACAAUCUGAAACAUUGCUUGAAGGUGAAGCUGGUGCCAAUACUGAUAGGGAAGCAAACUGCAAGGAUGAGUUUAAACCCAUUACAGUAGCUGAAGGCAAAUCUGAGGAGACUAAUGACUGGACUGCUGAUGAAAAAGAGAAGAUAAGCAGUGAUACCGAAAUAGAUGAGAAAUUUGAAGAAAAUAAGGAGCCUGGGUUAGACAGUGCUAACAAUUUGGACAGCAAGCCCACUGUAGGAGCUGACAGUAAACUGAAGACAACUGCCAACAAGGAGAAAAGCAAUAGAGACAGCCAACCAGUAGGCGAGGCGGCAGCUGACAGUGAAGACAAAGGUGAUGACAAAGCAUGCAAAGAUACUAGAGUGACUGCUUCUGCUGAAUUAUCAAGAGUAGAGCUAUCUAAACGCCCUGGCAAGCCAAAAACUUCCAGAAGGUCUAGAGGAUACAGAAGAAAAAGAGUUUUUAACCGAAAAUCGAGAGGAAAACAGAGUAAGAACGAGCUGGCCUGUGGUGGUAAAGAGCCGCAAGCCGGGGUAGAUGCCACAAAGAUUGAGUCCGAAACUACUGAGGAAAACUCGGGAGCUGAAGAAAACCAGAUCCCAGAAAUGUCUAAUAAUACUCAGGUUAUAGUGCACAGCAAAAGUUCUUCGCAGCAGAAAAAGAUUAAAAACGUCAACCUGAAAGCCGAAGAAAACCACAAGCAAGAAAGUUCUGAAGAUGUGGUGGAGAAAACAAGAAAGAAUGAAGGUCCUUCACAACAGAAAAAAAGUAAAAGCGUCAAUUUGAAGGUUGGAGACCACAAGCAAGAUAAUUCUGAAGAUGCAGAGGAAAAAGUGAAAAAUGGAGGUGCUGUGCAGCAGAAAAAAGUCAAAAACAUCAAUUUGAAGUCUGACGACCAAAAGCAAGAAAAUUCUGAAAAUGUGGAGGAAAACGUGAAAAAUGAAGGUCCUUCACAGCCAAAAAAAGUAAGGCCACGAAAGAAAGCCCUGAAGUCCUGCAAAGCCAAAAAUAAGAAGUUGUUCAAGCCAGUGUCAAGCAAGCCUUCUACAAGUGCCAAGCCAAAUGACUUGGAGUCAACACAGGCCAAGCCUGUUGAGGACGCUCCACAAGAAAAACAACAGGAAUUAUUAACAGAUGAUACACCACAAGAAGUGCAAGAGGAAUCUUUGCCAGUUGAUACUAUUGCUGAAGCUAUUGAAGCAGUUGUUGUAGCUGGUACUAAGAGAAAGGUUGGACGACCAAUAAAAGGCAAGACCAGGGCAAGAAUGCUUGCAGCAGCAAAACGCAAGGCAAAGAUGCUGAAAUGUGCCCCAAAAAACAAGAAGAUCAAGCUAAAGAAGCAAUGUACACCACUCUUGGCACCUGCAUCAGACAGUGAAUCGUCAUGCACAGCACCCUCUGCAGUUUCAUCAUCUGUAGCAUCUGGUGCAUCACUUUCCACUCUUUCAUCUGCUCCACCUGCAGGACUGUGCCCAAUGAAUUCUAGUGGCAAGCCACCAAAAAAGAAGUCCAAGAUGGACAGCACUUCAACCAAGGCUUCAUGUUCCAUGAGCAGCGAACCACAUGAAGAUGACACGCCUGUGGUGACAGUGACAAAGCCUUCAACUGGUGGUGGUGCACAUCGUACCCGACGGCGGAGACGACGCGAACACCAGCUGCCAAAGAAGAAGUACCUGAAGGCAGGACUUUAUUCAAGCUGCUUUAAGGAAGACGGAAGUUUGUCGAAGGAUGGUGUGGAGGUUGGAAGCACAGAGACUUCACUGCCAGAACAGCUCAGUACACUGAAUCUAAACGCUGUUCUCUGUUGGGCAGCUUCACCCGAUGGCUUCCACCUAACCACCACCUGCACUGUGCCCCCAGAGGAAAUGGUGGCCACCACCAUCAAAACAGAGCCUCUAUGUGAGACUACCAUGGAGGAAGAAGAGGAGAGUGGCCACACAGUGCUUGUGGAGGAAGAGAGAUGUGUGGGCUUGAUGCCAUCGCCCAUUCAUGCGGGCAAGUACCUGCGUCAGAAACGAGCUGACUUCCAGCUUUCCUAUGACAUUUGGUGGCUGCACAAGAAUAAACAGCUUCUUUAUAGCUAUGACCCAGUGAACAACUACAAACGAAUUAAAUCAAAUGUGUAUGUUGAUGUUAAACCGGUGUCCAAAUAUGAGGUCCAGAGCUGUAACUGUGCCCGACCAAAGAUGAAGGUUGACAAGGGCUGUGGCACAGACUGUCUUAACAGGAUGAUGUACGUGGAGUGCUCGCCAACACUGUGCCCAUGUGGUGAGCAAUGCGGAAACCAGAAGAUUCAGAAACACGAAUGGAGCCCAGGUCUGGAGCGCUUCAUGACUCGUGACCGAGGCUGGGGAAUACGAACUCGGGAGCCAAUCAAGGCCGGUGAAUUCAUCCUGGAAUAUGUGGGAGAGAUAGUGAGUGAGCAAGAGUUUCGGCACCGUAUGGCCGAGCGCUACCGCAAUGAUGAGCACCACUACUGCCUUAACCUGGACUCUGGCAUGGUCAUUGAUGGCUAUCGCAUGGCCGGCGAAGGUCGUUUCGUCAACCAUGCCUGUGACCCUAACUGCGAGAUGCAGAAGUGGUCUGUGAAUGGUUUCUAUCGUGUAGGCCUUUUCGCCCUAAAAGAUAUUCCAGGCAACACUGAGAUCUGCUACGACUACAACUUCCACAACUUCAACAAUGAACGCCAGCAAGAGUGCAAGUGUGGGAGUGACAAAUGUCGAGGCUUCAUUGGGGGCAAAAGCCAACGCCUCAAUCCUCAAGCUAAGGACAAGACUAAGGAAGGCACCAAGGGCACCUCAAGCCGUUCAGUUCGCAAGCAGCAGCGGGCACGCCACCCACUGCGCCGGAAGCGGGAGGGAACCAAAGGUGAAGGCUGCGCAACGGUCACAGAGCCCACAGUGACAGCUCGGCUGAGCCAGCUCCAGCUGAAGCCCCUCUCACACCAGCAACGCUGCUUUGUCCAGAAGCACCGUUGCUUCCUGUUACGCAAUUAUGACCGUGCCAAGAGAUCCUGUGCCAGCAGGCCGUCACGGGACCGGCAGUCGCAUGGAACUGGGUCUGAGCUAGUGGCAGCAGGUGGCAAGAAGCAGUCUGCUCACCCAGCUGGCCUGGGUGCACAUGUGGCUGCGUCCACCAGUGCAGUGGAGGAAGAAGAAGAGCGGGAGGAAGAGGCCUUCAGGACACAGUUCACUGCACUCAAUACAUCGCGGUCAGUGCGCACACGACAACUGGCCCGUGCACAGGAGAACACCCAGCUGGCACGAACAGCACGCCUGGCACAGGUCUUCCGAGACAUCUGCAGCUCUGUGCUAGCCUGCAAAGAUGAAAACGGCAAGGUGCUAUCAACGCCAUUUGUUAACCUGCCAUCAAAACGAAAGUGCCCGGACUACUUUGAGAAAAUCCACACGCCAAUUGACCUCAACAACAUUGAGAAGAACAUCAUUACGGGGGAGUACAAGGACCUGGAGACUUUUGCAGCUGACUUCAAUCUUCUUUUUGACAAUGCCGAGCUGUACCACAAGGACAACACGGAGCUGAUGACAUCUGUAAGCAAGCUGAGGCGUUGUUACGAAGAAGCCAAGUACCUAGUAGUGCCCAUCCUGGAGGACAUUCUUGGGGAGCCGGUGCCAUCGCACUUUAGCACUUACUCAGUCAACCACGAAAAACCUGCGGAGGAGGAUGAGGAGGUGAUCCGGUGCGUCUGCAACAUCUUCAAGGAUGAAGGCCUUAUGAUCCAGUGCGAGAAGUGCUUUGUCUGGCAGCACUGCGACUGUAUGGGUGUAAACGGUGACAUUGAGAACUACCUGUGCGAAUUGUGCAAUCCACGUGAAGUUUGUUUGGAAAUUCUCUUGGGACCUCGUGUGGCUAACGGUAGUAUCCAGUCUUACCUGACGCUCCUCAAAGGAAACUUGCAAGUCAAGCAGGGAGAUUGUGUAUACCUGAGUAAAUUCAAAGACAAAAGCCCACUGAAGCCGGUGUCACAAGAGGCUCAAGGGGACAAGAACGCAUCGAAAGUGACUGAGGAUGGUGGGGACCCUGAUGGCACCAAAGCUGAAGAUGCAGCCGCAGAAGAAGGUGGAGGAAAAUCCACGCUUCUCAGAAACCUGCAUGGCAGCAACAGUCCCACUUCAGAAGAGGGUGGAAGCCUUGACGUUUUUCGCGUGGAACGACUGUGGAAAAACGAAAGAGGAGAGAAAUUCAUCUACGGGCACCACUACCUCAGGCCACACGAGACCUUUCAUGAGCCAACCCGCAAGUUCUACCACAAUGAGGUUCUACGUGUGCCCUUGUAUGAAAUACUGCCUUUGGAAUGUGUCGCUGGAGCUUGCUGGGUGCUUGACCUGGCCACCUACUGCCGAGGUCGGCCACGGGGUGCAACAGAGAAAGAUGUCUACAUCUGCGAGUACCGCGUUGACAAGAGUGCCCGGCUUUUCUACAAGAUUAACAAGCCCCGGUUUCCUGUCUGCAUGAAAAGCUACGCCUUUGACACCUUUGACACAAAGCUUGGUCCAAAGAGAACAUACUCGCCUCGAAGCAAUCCUGUUGUAUACCAGAAACGCAGCCGAGCAAAGACAGCGCAAGGGUUUCCUGAUGACCGGAGUGCUGACAGAGAAGUGAAGAAGGAGCGCCUGGACAAGGUGGUGCGUCGUCUGGUAGCAUCUGCCGCAGCAGAGGAGGAUACAGAACUGCCGCCAUCAUCUCAGCGGUAACUGCAGCAAGAUUGGUGCUCACGUCACAGUGUGUGCUUGCACCGAAG